AUGAGAUCUUCGUUCUCGUCAGACACCUCGUCUUCAUGGGGGAUGUUAGACACUCCCAAUUCUACUCCUAGGGCACCAUCAGAUUUUGUGAAGGUCGAAGGAAGUUUCUUGUCGUCGUCAUCUGGGUCUUUCUACACACCAGAUAGAUUUGACAAUGUUUCUGAUUUCUCUGCGUCGGCGUUGGGAGAGGAGAUUUUCCAAGCACCUAUUUCAUUUCCCGAAGAUACGAAGCCUUUGGGUAAUCAGAACAACUUUUCAUACGAUACUUUCGCAGGGUACAAUGGUCGUAUGAACGAUUAUAUAAGCUGUGAAGCUCUACGAAGUGCGACCCCAUCACUGGAUAUGGACCUCUGCUCACCCAACUCCGGCUCUCAAGCGUCUCCCACGGCCACCAAUUUUGUUGUUCCAUCACAAACAACGUUCAUCGAUGCUUUCGAUGUCCAUUCUCCAGUUCGUGCGCUCAAUUCUUUGCACUUCGAUUUGCAUUACGACAGCACAUGUUCAGACUUUGGCUCCGACUUCAAGCUCACAGGGUCGCCGAUAAAUAACAUGGCUGGAAGUAUGAAUUAUUUCGUGCCGCCUUUAUACAAGGAGCACAAGUCGGCGUCAACAACCCCAGCACAGCCUUCUUGCCUUCGACAACCAGUCUUUGGCGAAGGUCUUCCAACAUCCACCGCAUUGCACUACGUACAGUCACUCCAGAGCCCGCCCCAAGUUCAGGAUCCCAACAACUCUAGGCUGUCUCGAAGAAAGAAGCUUCGUGAUAGCAAGAGGGAUUGUAUUGUUGCUGGCAAUACGGGCAUAGCCAUACAGAAAUGUCCUCAAUUCCUCUGCGUUUGGAUCCAAAAUGGCCAGAAAUGUGGAAAGAAAUUCCAAAGAAAAGAGCAUCUGCGAAGACAUGAGAGGACACAUAACAAAAAAGACAUCUUUCCUUGCCCUUUCUGCCCUAAUGAUCGGUUCAAUCGCAGUGACAACUUAAAACAACAUAUCCUAAUUCACACGAAGCCCAAGAGCAAAGCAUCGCGUACCGCGUACGUACCAGAAGCGGCAGCAUAUCUUCGCGACUUGGAAUCAAAGAGCAAAACACGAAAGCCAAGAGUACUGGCAUACGAGGAAUGA